AUGACUGUAGUGAAAAUUGCUACUGCUGUUGUGUCAUGUGCAACGGCUUUGAUGCUUGUGCAUAUUAUUCCUGAUCUGCUAAGUGUCAAAACACGAGAAGUAUUUUUGAAGAGUAAGGCUGAAGAGCUUGACAGGGAGAUGGGUCUUAUUAUGUCUCAAGAAGAAACAGGAAGGACUUUAAACCUGAAGGAAUGUGCACUGUGGAUGCCAUCACAAAGAGGUUUGAAUCUCCAACUUUCUCACACUCUAAACAAUCUAAUACCUGCUGGAUCUUCUGUGCCAAUCAAUCUUCGCAUAGUCAAUGAAGUCUUUAAUAGUGCUGAAGCAAUCCAUAUUCCACAUACAUGCCUAUUGGCAAGGAUCAGACCUCCUGUGGAAAGAUAUGUGCCACCUGAAGUUGUUGCCGUACAGGUUCCUCUUUUAUAUCUUUCAAAUUUCCAAAUUAAUGAUUGGCCUAACCUCUCUUCAAAAAGCUAUGCUGUGAUGGUUUUGAUUCUCCCUAUGGAUGGUAUAAGAAAAUGGCACGACCAUGAGUUGGAACUUAUGGACGUUGUUGCUGACCAGGCCAUCGAUUUGAUAAAGCCUAUCGCAUCUGUAAAGAAGCUAUCCUUGACACUUAUUUUGGCCCCGGAUUUACCUGUCUAUGCUGUUGGUAAUGAGAAACGGCUAAUACAAACAAUCUUAAAUAUUGCUGGCAAUGCUGUGAAGUUCACAAAAAAGGGUUAUAUCUCAGUUGUGGUUUCUAUUGCAAAACCAGAAUCUUUGAGAGACUGCCGACCUCCGAGUUUUAUCCUGUGUCAAGUUUAUAAAUCUAAUGGGAGGGUCACAUUUGGAUUGAGAGUGAGGGCUUUGGACAAGGGUACCACAGUAACAAUCAUAGUGAAACUUGGAAUCUGCAAUAGCCCAAAUGAACCAACAAUGCAGCAGUUUGUACUUGCAGGUAGAGCAAAUCAAGGGAGUGAAGAUCUCAUUGGACAUAAACCAUGGGCAGAGCUAUGCAUAAAGUAG